UCCAUCUCUCUCCCUCCACUCGCGCACCACCGAAACUUGAGCCAUGCUCUCCCCGCGUGACAGGGUCUUCCUGGCCACCUUUACCACCCUGCUCGUUGCCCUUGUCUGCACCGUCCAUGCCCUCAUCUACAUGGACCGUCUCCCGUCGCGAGUCCCGUCGCACUUUGACGGGAGCGGAAACCCAAACUCGUGGUCGUCAAAGGGCACGGUGCUCGGCGUGUACAUGGCCACGGUCUGGGGUCUGGUGGUCAUCUUUCUUGUUGUCGGCUGGCUCAUCACCAUCACCCCCAUGGAAUACGUCAACUUGCCCAACAAGGAGUACUGGCUCGCCACCCCGCUGCGGAGGACAGAGACGUACACCUACCUUUUUACCGUCUUUCAGAUCUGGGGUGCCUCCACCAACGCCUUUAUGCUCUUUGUCUUCCAGCUCAUGUUCUCCGCCGCCAUCAACGGCGAAGCACUCUCCAAUCUCUUCUGGUUCGGCUUUGCCGUCUACAUGCUUGCCACUGCCGCUUUUUCCAUCUCGCUCGCCCUCCGCUUCCGCCGCCUCCCCGCCGAUGCCCAGCCUGUCGCUGCGGCCUCGCUCCGCAGCGGCCAGAAGCAGCAGCUGCUGAUCUGA